GUUGGUGGUAGACUGACUAACUUUCAGACUCAAGAAUUUUGGUGGUAUCUUUUAUUGUAGACAGCAUCAUGAGAUUCCCAGUUGUGGUUGUGCUUGUCGUGCUGCUUAAUGUUUUAGUCUGUGAUGUUUCCACCUCUUCGGUUAAAGGGGUUUCUCAAGGCAAAGGCAAGGCUCAUCAAAAAGAUCAACAGAUCCAGACCAGACUCAUGCCACAGCAGCCUAAAGAUCCAUUGAGUGAAGAUGAUGUGUCUGCUACCACAGCACACACUCCCUUGGAUGAAGCCACGCCAGAAUCUACAGUGCAUAAUCCAGAUGUGGAUGAGGAUGAUGACCGAGGUGAUGGUGAUAAUAGCCAGGCUGUGGGAGAUGAUGGUCUAGAUGAUGGUGAUGAGGAUUCUAAUGACGAUUCCUCUGAGGAAGGUGAAGAUGACUCUGACAGCCAAGCUGAAGAGGGCCAAGGAGACAGCGCUGAGGAUUCUGACGGCCAGUCUUCUGAGGAUUCUGACGGCCAGUCUUCUGAGGAAGGUAACACCAGUGAGGAGGAUGCCAGGUAGUCCACAAAAUGUUCAUCGGAGACUAGAAGAAGGUGCUGUUCGCCCCCCUCAAAAUGCGAUGAGCGUGUCUACAAGACAUGUUGUCUGAACCGCUGAAUCUCUCAACUAACUAGACUGCUCCGUCCUAUUGUUGCCGCUUGACUUGUUUAAUGUAUGACCUUUCGGACAAGAAAUAAAAAGAAUAAAUCU